UGUCGCGAGACUCCGCGGCGGCCGCCCUUGAGAUCGCGCAGCGGGCCGGGCGUGCGGCGGUGCGGGUCGGCGGCGGCCGCGCCAUGGCGAGCUCUCUCCUCAGACAGUACUGGGCCGCCCCCGACGGCACCGAGUGCCACCGCAAGGCCUACAUCACCACCACUCUCGGCGCCGGCGCGGGCCUGGCUGCCGGCAGCUACAGUGUCAUAUUCUGGUCAGCGAGCACCUCCAUGGAGAACGUGGCCCGGAUCGGCCGCUACACCUUCACUGCAGCCGCCGUGGGAGCCAUGUUCGGGCUCGCCUCCUGCAUCAGCAGCCAGGUCCGAGAGAAGCCUGACGACCCCCUGAACUACUUCAUCGGAGGCUGCGCCGGUGGCCUGACCCUGGGAGCUCGAACCCACAGCUACGGGACAGCAGCAACCGGCUGCUUGUGUAUGGGCGUCGCCGCCGCGCUGCUCAAGAUGGGCCGGCUGGAGGGCUGGGAGCUGGUGGCCGACAGGAAGGUGUGAGCCGGGCCGCCGCCCUCGGGGGCCUGGCGAGGGGCGCCUGCCCGCGAAUAAACUCUAUGUGGACG